AAAGAAGAUGCCAACCUAAAAUUCUAUGUUCUCUAGAAGGAGAGCUGGCAAAAACCGAACAGAUGAAGACAAAAACAUAGAGCCUGUAUUGUUCACAACAAUUACGAGCCGAAUUCCAACUCCAAUAACAAGGAAUUCACUUUGUAGUAAUAGUCUCGAGACCAGCUCAUCGUCUAUAUAUAUAUAAUCCCCAGCUUCCUUCAAUCCCAUCAACCAAAUUUCAAGAAUCAAUCGUAGGGUUAUAUAUCUGUGGGGGGAAAAGAGAAUCGAAGAACAUAAAGAAAAUGGAUUCUUGCAAGAAGUUACUCUUCCUAGUGAUAACCACGUUAGCCAUAGCCGAAAUGGCUCUGGCUGGAGAUCCCGAUAUUCUCACCGACUUUGUGCUGCCACCAAACUCACCACCACCGGAUGGAAACUUCUUCACGUACACCGGGUUUCGUUCCCUAAUCGACGGCCCGUUUCCUCCGACUUUCAAAGCCGUGAAGGCGGCAGCUGAACAAUUCCCAGCCUUGGAUGGACAGAGUGUUUCUCUUGCUGUGCUGAUAUACCCGGCUGGUACACUGAACCCGGUCCACACGCACCCUCGAUCGGCCGAGCUACUGUUUUUGACACGUGGCACGUUACAAGUGGGAUUUGUGGACACGGCGAAUAAAUUAUAUACUCAGACACUACAGCAAGGUGAUCUGUUUGUGUUUCCUAAAGGGCUGAUUCAUUUCCAGUACAAUGCCGAUCCUAAGUCGCCAGCUGUUGCUGUGUCGGCUUUCGGGAGCGCGAAUGCUGGAACCGUUUCUUUGCCGAAUGGUCUGUUUAAUUCGACAAUUGAUGACGGUGUUCUGGCACUGUCUUUCAAGACUGAUGUUGCCACUAUUCAGAAAAUCAAGGCUGGGAUCAAGGGCUAGAUAAAAUAAAGAAAUGUUU